AUGAGCACUCAUGAUGCUGAAACAAUACAAAAGGUAGUUCACGGACUGUUUGAUGGCAAGGGCGAUCCAACGAUUUUGGACUACAUAUGCGGCGUCCUGGAAGAUGAACACUUUGAAUUCGGAGAGCAGGGUGAAGAUGCAUAUGAGGCGAUCGGACCAUUCUUGAUCGACGGCCAUUGCGUUGGAAGUGACGAGGAAGCGCGCGAAGCGUGCCGCGUCCUGGCGGAGAAGUUAUCCCUGCGUGCUGCGGCCGCGGUGCCCACAGUGCGCGCGUUGGAGACCGGGCCUGUCCAGCUCUCCAAAGCCGACAGUCGGGCCGUGCUGUAUCAGGAGCAAUCUUAUCGACACCUUAUCCAGACGCCGUUCGGGGAUGAGGCGAAGCCAGCACCCCUAACUGAGAAAGACAAGGCCAAACUGGAGAAGCGGGCGGCCAAGGAGGAGGAAGCCCAACGCAAGGUCCUCGCGGCGCAUCAGGCCCGAGCAGCGCACUCCCUCAAGGGUGACGUCCCCAUCAUCAUACGAAACAAGGGUGGCGGCGGCUCCAAGGACGUGCUGCUGGAGAACUUCAGCCUCAGCAACGGCGGCAAGGAGUUGGUGACGGAUGCCACAGUCAUGCUGGCCUUUGGGAGGAGGUACGGCCUCAUUGGCCGAAACGGAACGGGCAAGACGACACUGCUACGCGCUCUGGCCGCACACGAAAUCAAGGGCAUUCCUGCCAACUGCCAGGUCCUCCAUGUGGAGCAAGAGGUGGUGGGAGAUGACACGCCUGUCAUAGAGGCGGUGCUAGCUUGCGAUGCGGAGCGGACAGCCCUGUUAAAGGGCGCGGCAGCGACACCCGGUGACAAGGUCGGCGGUGAUGAGGCGGCCAUGUCGGCUCGCUUGGUGGCAGUAUACCAGCGGCUACAGGAGAUAGACGCAGACG